GCGGUGUCGCCUCGUAACCAUUGACGAAGGCCGUCCGCAAAACAGACCUACCCAUCGACUUGCACUUUUCUCUGUCGCAGGACUCUGGAGAUAGACCAUGGCACAUUCAGCAACGUCAUCAGGAGCAUCGGCAUCCCGCUCUUUGUCUCCCGACUCGGCAAAUCGGAAGACACGUUUGACAGAAGCGGAGAAGAGGGCGAAUCACCUCGCCUCAGAAAAGAAGAGGCGCGAACAAAUCCGGCAAGGGUUUGACCGGCUGUCGGUUAUUGUGCCCGGCCUUGAGGGCCGAGCGCGCUCUGAGGGCAUCGUGCUUCGUGGCACGAUAGAGUACAUCAGGAAACUACUGGUGGAGCGGCGGAGAAUGAUCGAGACUCUGGAGGCCAAAGGCGUUGCUGUGGAUGUUCACUUGAAAAGGUGAGCUUCAUCCGGACUUUCGUCGUUCGCCUUGCCUUCACCUUGUCUGGGAAAGGCUAUGCGCUGUAAACCUGUGACACAAGCUAGACGGCUGACAUUUGUCUCCUUUUCUAGCACGCUUGACAUGAUGCCUCCAUGGUUCUUCGACGACGACUGGGAGGAGCAUUUGAUGAACUCGGGAAGCCAAACGGAAAGAAACGGUAGCCCGGGAGGCAGUCAAUUACCGGCUGCGAAUGCUAAUCACGCAGGGAAUGGUCACGCACCGGCUUCGUCGGGGCAGUUGUGAAUGAGGGAGCAAAGGAAGACGGCAGAAAUGGUGCGGCACGUGAUACCCAAGACGAGACUGAAUUUGAUGGCUGUAGCAGUAUACAACAAUUGUCUAUCAUGAAGUAGGGUCCGGAUAACCGAGAGCAGCUGAUUCCUCAACCGGCCGGGCGCCUGCCUGAUCUCAA